UGCCUGUUGCUCCAGCAGCUCCAGCGAGCUGCUUGCCUCUUGCUCCUGCUCCUGCUCUGCUCCCUGGCUGCUGCCCGGCAGAGUCUGCCCGAGUGCUGCCGGCAGAAGACCUGUUCCUGUCACAUCUAUGACCUCCUGCACGGCGUGGGCAACCACGCCGCCGGCAUCCUAACGUUGGGCAAGAGGAAGAGCAUCCCACCAGCCUUCCAGAGCCGGCUCUACCGCUUGCUGCACAGCUCCGGCAACCACGCCGCUGGCAUCCUCACCAUGGGCAAGCGCGGGGAGCACCCUGGCUCUGCCUGCCACGAUGCAUCCGGCUGCCAUGCAGGCACGGAUGCUCAGCUGACGCCAGCCCUGCAGGGCACUGAUCCCAGCCCUGCCAGCCCCAGCGAGUGCCAGGGACACUCGGGGAAGGAUGUGACCAAGAGCCAGGCCCAGGGAGGUGCGAAGAGCUUUUACUGAGUGAAGUGGGGGCAAUGGGUGCAGGAAGGGGAUCCCUGGGGAGGGGAUCCCAGGGAUGAGUAUCCAGAGUUUGGUGUAAAUAGCACUUUUACAUACCUCCUCCUGGCCCUGGCCGAGCCUGCUCAGGGCACCGCAGGCACCGCUGGCCUUUUACAAUAAAUGGU